CGUUUCUCAAUCUUCUCUCUGGGUAAUACAAAAUAGAAAAGUUUAAUUAAAAUAAAAAAAUUUAUAUAAUAUUAAUUAAGCUUGGCGCUGCUAUAUCUCCAAAUAUAAUAAACGUUCAACGACAAUAUGACGUAAAAGAAAAAUCUCGAGAAUGAAAUUUUACCUUUCUACACAGCAUGUAGUUUAUGGUCACGUUGCGCGUUUGAGAGGAGAGUGGCAGUGUCAUUGUGCGGUAGUAGGCGUCGGUAGUGAUGUGGAACUUUUCUACGGUGAAAAUAUGACGAAAAUAAGCCCGUUUACGAAUGUUUCGUUUUUACGUGUCGCAACAAUUCUCUGCAUAAUACCGCAAUGCCUGGGUGCUCUGUCCGAUAAACAAUUAUGUUGCGACCCCAAUUGUUCGGUACCCAUUUCGCUGGCCAAGACAACACUCGCCUAUCAAGCUAACGAUCCUGAGGUGAUGUCAUUUAAUGUUAACGUAAAUGUCAAAGUUUUUAGUAAAGGUGCUGGAAAACGAACAGAUUUAUGGGGUGUUGAGAUAAAUGGCAAGCGGGGAUUUGCGCCCAAAACAUUCCUAAACGAAUACAAAGUUCUAAAAUGCUCUUUAUCCCAUGAAGUGCCUGUUUAUAAGUUUAAUGAUAAAACUAGCAAUGUUCAGUCUGAGAAACUUGAGUCAACGGAGGAGCAGGAAGAGAGCAACGAAUUGCAUAAUUUGUUAGAUGAUAAAUUAUCUAAGGAUGAAAAGACACCAUCAUUGAAAUCCAUAGAGAGUAUCAUAGAGGAAUCUCCUGGGAUUAGUGCAGAUAGUGUAUCACCCUCUUAUGAGGUGAUAGAUGGUACCACAGUUUACUUUGAAACUGAUUCAUCUGUGCAACCCAGUUCUGUAGCCGAGGCUGCACAAGCUACUGCAUUGUCAAAUAAACUCGGAUCUAUAGUGGAUCCUGAUUCAAAGAUGGAUCGUGAAGGACAAUCAUCCAAUAAGGAUACAUUUAUCGACAACAAAGAUUUACACUCGGGCAUGGACAACACCAGUAAACUCGAAGAAAUUAAGUUGCAAGUGGAUACUCAAAAACAAACUAGCUCCAAACUAGAAACAAAUGUGCCGCUAGAGAAUCCGGAAGUGAUAAUCACUUCAACCUUAGACAGUGAAAAUAAAGAUGACACUUUGAUGCUUGAUGACAGCAGUGAACAAUCUGAAGAAUUAUUAAAAGAUGUAGAACAUAUGGAAAAAUCGGAUAAUGUGAAGAGUAAUGAGAAAGAGAAAGUUACUGAAAGCGACGGUAUACUAGCCACCAUUACAAACACGUUUAAAAACGUGUUAUCCAGCUCGAUGGAAACUGUGGCAACAGAGAGCAUUAGUGCUCAAAGUGGCGAUGAUACAGCUGCUCCUGAAGUUGUGGUCGAGAGCGAACUGCAAAUAGAGAAAAAAGUUUCUGAAAAUAUUGGAACUGAGACUGCUGCAACUGAAGAUAUUCUUCCACUUAUUCAAGUAAAGGAUUCGAAUAUAGAUCAAAGUAUUACAGAUAAUGAAAAGGUAGAAAUGCAGCAAAAAAUUAUACAUGAAAGUGUUAAAAGUGUGGAAAUUUCAGACGGAAAAAUAAAAGAAGCUUUCACUAUUAUUUCGGAAAGUAAUAUAUCUCUUAGCGAUGUGCCUUCAUCUAAUAAUUUUAUACAUGAAGAUGCUGACAAGCCUGCCAAAGAAUUGCCAACAGCAUCUUCGAUUUUAGCAAAUGAUAGUUCUGCGGCCGCGAACGCUGAUGUUACUAUCCACAUUGAAAAUAUUCAAACACAGGAAACAAGUGAGGCAGAUAAAGUUACAGAAAAUACAAAGGUUGAUAGUGCAGUUACCUCUGAUAAAGAGGAAUCAGCAAUCUUAUUUAAUUUGCAAGAAACUAUUGUCACAAAAGUCACUACUCAAAAAAAUGAACAAAAAUUACUAGAAAAUGAUGAGGCACAUUUAGAAUUUGCAAAGAAAAAUGCCGAUCACAAAGAAGCAGUUGAUCAAGCCGAUAAAAUUAUAAUUACUGAAAUUCCAGAAACUACUACCUUACCGUCUGAAACAGAGAAUAUCACAGCGGAAUCAUUUUUUGAAAGCCAUUCUGUCGAUAAAAGUACAGCAGUUAUGCAAGAAGCAUUAAAUGAUAGCAUUGCGAAUAUUCAAUUUAAUAAAGAAUCAAUUGUACAUAGUAAUGUAAAUAAAAAUGAUGACUUGGUUAAUGAUGCUAGCGCUGAUAAUGUUCCUAUAGAAUCUAAUGAAUUCUUGAACGAUGUAAAAUCUAGCGUUCUCGGAUCGGAGCAAUCUAUAGAUUCUAGUCAAGAGAGCAUGAUCUCAGAGCAAACAAUGACUUCCAAUGAAUUUCUCAAGAAACAAAUUUUGUCAAGUACUGAAAAUUUAGAACAAAAAAAUAUCGAAAGUCAGAUUGUCAAGUCUGUUAAGGAAGAAGAAACCUUACCUGAAUAUGAUGGGCACAUAAGCAGUGAAAAUAAGGUUUUAUAUGAAAAUCAAGAUGAAGAUAAUAGCUUGGAGAAAGUAGAAACCACAUCCAUACCAAGUGGAGUAGAAGAUGUUUGUACGAAUGAUCAUGACUGCAUAACCGAGACAACAACAGAGUUUCUGAACCAAAAGGGAGACUUUGAAAGUGAAGAAGAUAAUGUGAUUGAUUGGACAAGAUUGGAUCAUAAUUACUGGAAGACAUUGAUAUAUUUGUGUGUAACAGCCUUUACAACACUCAUGUUUACCCUUGGAUAUUAUUACAUUGAGAAUAUAAGAAGAGAUGAGCAACUCAUUGCUAGAAUUAAUAAACUUGAGAAAGAGUUGUUAGUCUCAACAAAAGAAUGUGAAGUGCUUAGUGAGAAUCUAAAAUCGACUAAAGAUAAGUUGCAUUGCAUAGAAGAUGAAUCAUUUGGUUCUAACGAAAUGGUUGUAUCGCUAAAAGCUGAUUUAAAAAUGUCACAGAAAAUAAAAAUAGAAUUGGAGGAACAAGUGACUAUGCUGGAGAAGGAUUUAGAAAAUGCGACAGAAGCUGGAUUAGAACUCGAACGUAUGCUAAGAGAGGUUUUGUCGUCGAACAAUGAAGUUAAUCCUCUGGCUCAAUCAGUGGAAGAUCUACAAGCACGAUUAGACGCCCAACAGGCCGCGAAUGAAUCCUUGACAAAUGCACUGAAUCUUAAGACUCAAGAACGUGAGUUUGAUAAACUUGAGAUUGAAACUUUAUCAACAGAGCUUGCCUCUACUAAAAAGAAAUAUGAAGAACUCGAAGUAGAUUUUUUGCGGGAACAGGAUGAAUUGACAACUCAGAAAAACCUUAAAAAUAAUAUAGAACAAACGUUAACAGAUAAAAUACAUAGUUUGGAACAACAAGUAAAUGAGUUGUCUACUGUAAAGUCAUCAUUGCAUAAAGAACUGAAAAGUAAAGAAAUAGAAGUAAAAGAAUUGUUAGAAAUUAUCAAUCAAAUCAAAUCAAAUAACUUAGAUUUGGAAAAGUUAUACGACGUAUCUCGCAUUAAAAUUGAGGCAGUGCAAUUGCGUGAGGAGAGGGACGAAUUAAAGAUGCGCUUAAAUGAUGUUAAUGGUGCUCACCAAUUAUUAGAAGAACAUAUGAAACUUGUUAAGGAAGAGAUAGUCGCGUUAAGUGAUCAGUGUAAAAUAGCUGAAAAAGAAAAGAAAGAUGCAGAGACACGACUCGAGGUUUUAUCAAAGUUCUUCCAAGAAAAGGAAGCGGAACGAAAAAAGGAAGAGACCAUUUGGUUACAGAAUCAAGGAGAAGUUGUAUCGACAGUUGAAAGGUUACACACGAUGCAAAAUGAAAUUCAAAAUUACAAGCAACAAAUAGAGAUGUUAAAACGGGAAAUCGUCGAUCAGGAAAGGGAGUACAAAAAUCAAAUAUCUGCUCUAGAAACAAAAGCACACGAGCAAUGGGUUGCUGCUCGCCAAAACGAGCGUCGAUUGGAAGAAUCGAAAGCUCAGGCCAGCCAAUUACGUAAUCGCCUUACACUCGUAGAGAAAAAUUUAAAUGACGCCGAUCCCGAAGCAAAGCUACAUCGCUUGGAAGCGAACGGGGAAACGGCGACUUCAUUGCCACUGUUCAUAGGACCAGAAUCGUCCAAUUCUCCUGUCAUGUUUAGCGGUUCGGGUGUCCCACCGGUCCCGCCACCUUCCUAUUUGCACUUUCCACCGUAUUUGCCGCCUUUGCCACCAGCCGCUGCAUCUAGUCUACCUCCGUACGAUAUCAGUCAACGUCCUCCACCUCUCGGCGGCAGACUGUCGUCACCUCCACCGAUGUUGCCGCCACCAGCAUUGCAUCGUCCCCCGGUUUCCGGGGGCAGGUACGAGAACGCCGGUUCCCCACCCCCGCCUAUGUCUCCGCCACAUUUACUUCCACCGUUCGAUCACCACAGAUCACCACCGCUACCUCCGUUUGGUGGCGAUCAUAUCCCAUCCCUUCCUCUACCCGGCUCGAUAUUGCCUCCACCCCCCGGGACGAUACCAUGGGGUGAAGAAUCAUUGCCGCACACUCGCAAUUCUGGUUUUCAUCCUCAACGAGAGCAACGUGCGCGAAAUCAUAAAGGUUCCUUACAUUCUUCGGGAGAAUCGCUGGACAAGGCGCAUGGGAAAGUUUAAGUUUUGUAUCUUGUUAUUCAAUAUACUUGUACAAAGGCCAAAUCACUGUAUCAGUGAGAAUGUUCUCAUUGUACAACAAUUAUAAAUAAAUAUGUGAUUAUAAAAAUAGUAUGUCAAAUACAUAUAUAUGUAUAUAUAAACAGAAAAAACGUAUUAUACAGGGAUUCAUUAAACAGUGUCAAUGUUAUUA